CUUAAUACGACUGACGAAACAGUGGCUAGAAUCUGGAAAGGGAGUAGGACAUGUGAUAGAGACUCUCGUAGUGGACAAGAUAUUGAGAGAAUUACCCAGUGACUUAAAAAGGGUUGUGGGGCAAGCCAACCCGUUGUCAGCCGACGACAUAGCCCAGGCGGUGGAAACAUAUCGGUCUACAGGGGAGUUGUUAAAAAGUGACAAGGAGGAACGGAAGGAGUCUUGCAAUCCCGUACCACGACUCACCCCGGCGCGCUCGCCACCGAAACGUCCAAGCCCCUCCCGGAGGUGGGAGAAGUCAGCCACCACACAGCAGGGUCGGUGUUAUAAAUGUCAGUCUCCCAACCAUUAUGCCCCACAAUGUCCUAGCAAGGAUGAGCCCAUGGUCACGGAGUCAUCACUGCCUACCCCCACACAUCCCGUUUUGAGGGGGCAGGAUCAACACUGUUGGUUAGCAGAGAUAGCCCCAGCCUCAGAGAUUCCGGUGCAAGUCGAAGGACAAGAUGUGGUAGCUAUUCUCGACUCGGGAAGUAUGGUUACGUUAGUAGAGGAGCGGAUGGUGACCUCCGCAACACUGCUACCAGACAAAGUAGCCGUAUCCUGUAUCCAUGGAGACACCCACUAUUACCCCACUGUGAAUCUGCCUAUUCUCACUCCAAAAGGAAGGUGUACAGUCAGGGCCGGGAAAGUGCCGCAGCUGAAGGUGCCAUUAUUGAUCGGGAGAGACUGUCCCUUAUAUAAGGAGCUUCGGCAGAUGACGUUAUGCACGGGAAGAAGGGGGACAGGAAAGAAGAGAAAAUCCAAGCCCGAGGUAGUAGUCCUACAAGGAGACGUAGCCUCGUCCUCUGCAGCAGAGGAAGAAAUAGCGACCCAACGUUUACGACAGAUAUUCCAAGAAACCACCGAUGAAGACACAUGUGAAGGGCUAUACACAACGCAGGAAGGAAGGAGCAACCAGGCGUUAAGGGAUAUAUUUGAAGCUCCAUCCGAGGAGGGAACCUGGAAGGGAUUCUCCUCGGUCACCCCUGAUGGGGAUGUGGAACAACCUCCACAUCCCUCUACCGAGGUCGACCUGCCCCAGGAAUUAAAGGGACAGUUCGGCACCUCGCAGCAUAGAGACCCAGACCUAAGGGAGGCCAUGAGGAAGGUGAAGGUGAUCGACGGGAGGAACGUCGAUGGAUCAGGGCCGGAUCGAGGAACGGGAAUGCAGACGCGCUGUCCCGACGCGACCAAGACGGUGCGUCUGGCGCCCGACCCUCCGGUUCGGUCCUGGGGGGGAAGGUAUGUGGACGGACCACUAGAGGGCAGGCUGGGCUCAUGGAUAGUUGCCCAACAGAGCCUGGGAGACAAGGUAACCAGAGUCAAUUAAGCACAGCUGACGGUACUAAUGAGAUACUCUCCUUCCCCUAUAAAAGAGAGAAUGGAACCAGAAGAGAGGGGGGAAACUAUCUCUGGAAGAUGGCCACCGAGAGAGAGAAGCUGUGCUGAAAGAACCACUAAGACGGUGACAAAACCGUGAUUUAUGUUUGUUGUAGUUUAAAGAUUAUCCUAUUGUGUUCUUGUAUCAUCUGGAGAAGAAGAUGUGUGUUUUUCCUUGGAAGAUUUUUCAUUGAUUAUGUUUGAAUGUUUUUGUUGACAAAAUACUCUCAAUAGAGAACCGUGUUCAAUCAGAAAAACCUUUUUCCUGACUCGUUUAUUCCACCUUCCCGCUUUAGAGUGACGCCUAAUUACUUGG